AUGUCUCUUGAUCAUGGCGCCAAACAUGAGUAUGGUAAAGAAGGUUUCAGUACUAAUGAUAAAUAUCCACAGUCUUCUCAAUCUUAUAUAAGAUCCGACAAUGUUCAUCCAACAUCGAUACAAACCUCAACAUUUCAUGAUGGACAUUCAUCCUCUGGUCAAUCUCAAUUGAUUCAUCCAUCUUCUUCGACUAAUCAGAAAUUUACUAUUAUAACACCUACUCUCAAAGUAUUUUUUCUUUGCUCAGGUCUACUUUAUUUCUUAUUGGUCAUCGUCAAUAUUGGUAUGGACAUUGGUCUUAUAUUCAAUUCACGUCGAACAUGGUAUCUUGGGUUUGGUAUAAGUGGUGUUCUUAUAUCUUCAGGCAUCAGCACAUUGAUUGUUACAUGUCAACCAAUAUAUGCAAUAAUUUAUCUUCUAUGGGCCUAUUUGCCUGCUCUCGUAGUGUCGUUGGGCAUUUUGAUUGCUUCUAUUGUUAAUUUAGCUCUAUAUAAACGCUGUAAUUCAAUAGUAUCCGAUAUCAAUUGCGAGACCGAAUUAGCUUAUGCUAUGAAAGUGGUUCUUCUUGUCAUGUUCAUUCUUUCACUUAUUCAUACUAUCGUUAAUCUAAUUGUUAUUAAGAAAACGAGCACUACUAAUACAGCAAAAACAUCACCAAUCCCACAUGAUUAA